GCCGCCCCGCCAGGCCCGCUGGGUGCCCCGUGCCCGGCACUGCCUCUGACCUUCCCUUCCCUUUCCUUCUCUUCCCGUCCCCGGCGCUGUCAGAGCGCAUCAGCGGGCGCGGCGCUGCGAUGGAGCGGCGAGCGGCAACGGCAGCCGCCGGGAGAGGAGGAAGAGGAGGAGGAGGAGGAAGGGAGAGAUUAGCGCGGUGCCGGCUGGCGCAGAGGCGCGGCUGAGCGCUCCAGCGGGAGCCCGGGGCCCUGCGGACCGUGCGAGAGGCACAGGCGGAAGGAGCGGAGAUGCGGCCGCUCUCCCCGCGCUGCUGAAGCUCCCGGUCACUCGGCCGGAGGAGGGAGGCCGGGAAGGUCCUUCCUUCUCGCCGCUCUGCGGGCGCAAAGGGUGCCUGUGCAGUCCCCUCCUCUCGCUUUUAUCCCAGCCCCGGAGCAGGAGCCGCCGCCGCCCCCUAUCCCUUCCUGCGCUCUUCCCACCAUGAGCGGGGCUGUUUUCACCUUAUAAAGAUGGCGGUGUGGGAUCGCUGCAACCUUUAGACUAAUGACUGUCAGAAACAUCGCCUCCAUCUGUAAUAUGGGCACCAAUGCCUCUGCUCUGGAAAAAGACAUUGGCCCAGAGCAGUUUCCAAUCAAUGAACACUACUUUGGAUUGGUCAAUUUUGGGAACACCUGCUACUGUAACUCCGUGCUGCAGGCGUUGUAUUUUUGCCGGCCAUUUCGGGAAAAUGUAUUAUCAUACAAGGCCCAACAGAAAAAGAAGGAAAACCUCUUGACUUGCCUGGCAGAUCUUUUCCACAGUAUUGCUACUCAGAAGAAAAAAGUUGGAGUUAUUCCACCAAAGAAGUUCAUAUCAAGGUUACGAAAGGAGAAUGAUCUCUUUGACAACUACAUGCAGCAGGAUGCACAUGAGUUUUUAAAUUACCUGCUCAACACCAUUGCAGACAUUUUGCAGGAGGAGAAGAAACAGGAAAAGCAAAAUGGAAAACUGAAAAAUGGAAACAUGAAUGAAGCUGAAGAGAACAAUAAACAAGAACUGACCUGGGUGCAUGAGAUUUUUCAGGGAACACUGACUAACGAAACUAGAUGUUUGAACUGUGAAACCGUUAGUAGCAAAGAUGAAGAUUUUCUUGACCUUUCUGUUGAUGUGGAGCAGAACACAUCGAUUACACACUGUCUAAGAGACUUCAGUAACACAGAGACACUAUGUAGUGAACAGAAAUACUACUGUGAAACUUGCUGCAGUAAACAAGAGGCACAGAAGAGGAUGAGAGUAAAAAAACUGCCAAUGAUUCUUGCCUUACACCUCAAGAGAUUCAAGUACAUGGAGCAGCUGCACAGGUACACGAAGCUGUCCUACCGGGUCGUGUUUCCCCUGGAGCUGCGGCUCUUCAACACCUCAGGCGACGCCGUCAACCUGGAUCGCAUGUACGACUUGGUGGCUGUGGUCGUUCACUGUGGAAGUGGACCUAAUCGAGGGCAUUACAUUACUAUUGUGAAAAGUCAUGGAUUUUGGCUCUUGUUUGAUGAUGACAUUGUAGAGAAAAUAGAUGCUCAAGCUAUUGAAGAAUUCUACGGUCUGACCUCUGAUAUAUCAAAAAAUUCAGAGUCUGGCUAUAUUUUAUUCUACCAGUCAAGAGAGUGACUUGGCAAACCGUGGUGACUGCGCACAAGGAUGCUGCACAUAGAGGAAGGCACCAGCUCCCCCAAAGUGACUUUUACACAGCCCACAUCCCUGAUGGUUGAACAACAAUACACUGUCUCCUGUUCCAUGGUUUAUGUGAUGCUGACUGUGACCGUCCAUUCUUGACAUUCAGAACUUUGUUUUAGAGGGCGGGUUGUUUGUAGUUUUUAAGUCUGAUUGAAGAGCUAAUUGAAGUCAGAUUUUAGUGGAAUUUAUAUGGACUAACAUUUACAGAUAAUGAGAUUUGGAUGUUAAUGUCAGCUGUUAAACCCAAUCCAGCUAGAGUAGUAUUUUAUAUGAAAGUGUUCAUUACAUUUAGGACAAAAUUAUUUAAAACUUUCUAGAUGGUUUUGGAGUGUGUUGAUUUACAAAGCAUUCCUUUAAGUACAUCCUGACAUAUACUUACCCCUUUUAAGUGUAAGGAAAAAAAUCAGUUUCAUGUUUAUUUAAGUUGUGGUUAUAUAGGGGAUUUUUUUACAUGUUGCUCUGCUGCAGAAAAGAUAUUCUUCCAAAAUCAUUUCAAUUUUGAUUGUUAAAAACUUUCAGAGUGUAACCACAGACCUAAAAUUCACAUAGAGGGAUUUAAAUUACACUGGAACUAAGUAAUUCUGUAUGUUCAGCCACUUUGUCAUGAGACAGUAUAGAUGAGGUGAGAUUUCAGAACUUACAGAGCACUGGAAUGAAGGGAGUAAGAUCGCACAAAUGAUACAGAGAUAAGUUGCUUUUAUAAAGAUUGAGCUUAGAUUUUUGUUAAAAUUAUGUAGUUUACUUGGAUUGUGUUGUGAUUGCAACACUGCUCACAUGUAACAUAUCCAUCAGGACUGAAAUUAUCCAGUCCAUUUAAAUAAGCAUUGUUUGUACAUAUGACACAACUUGAUCCUGCAAUUUUCUCAAUAUCUUUAGGUCCCAUUUUCAUUUCUGAAGACAGAGUCAAUUUCUUAGAAACAUGAUACAUAGCAACCACUAGUGUACAUGCUACCAUGUAUAUAUCAUCCUUAACAUUUUGGUCAUAUUUGACAGAGUUUUGUCUCCACAGAAACAGAUAGGGAUCUGGAGUGCUGAAUUUCAAAAUUAGUACAAAAGACCAAGUUUGUGAUUUUUCUGGAUUAAUUUGGAUGGCACUUGUCAUGCACUGGCUAAUAAAAUUUCUGAAUUCACCUGAAUACCUGAAUUUGGCAAAGAAUAAAUGUAGAAGAAAGUAUCAAUAGGGUUUGAGAAGGGAUUGAUAGUGGCUUGAGUCAGCGGUCAUGCUGGGUAGCUACCUUCUUCAGUUUGCCACUUCCACUCCAUUAUACAAUUCUUGAACUUCAGUAGCCAAAAUCCUAUUCCAAUGACAUAACAGCAAAAACACUUUUCUUUGUCUUCAUGGGGACUGACAGUUCUAGUAUUUAUAAGGAAAUAUUCUCACCCCACAAAAUUUAUUUCUACCUGUUACAUUUUAUUCACUCAUUAUGUAUUUAUCAGACAAUGUUGAUUUUUGUCUUUUUUCUUUAAGAAGCCUGCCUGACACUUUAUGGCCAACACUCCCUUUCAAGAAAUGGUUUUUGAAGUUCAGCUGCAUCUUAUAUUUUAGUUUUCUGUAGAAAAGAUAAUAGUGUUUUUCAUUGUUCUCUACUGUGAAUGUGAAAUAUCUUUUGUGAAAUAUUGGUGAAAAUUAAGUAGCUUCUACUGUGACAUCAUUUGAAGUUCAGUUGAAUUUUUCAAUGGCCAUUUUUUAAACUAAGGCAAUGUAGCACUUUACACUAAAUGAGAAAUAGAAGUGGACUUUUCAGCAAAGAUUAUUUGUGAUUUAUCAUGUUAUUAUACUGAUGCAGGAAGAGAGACAGAAUGUAACCUUAGAGGACUUAAGUGAAUGAGAGUGGUGGUCUACAGAGAUCACUCACAUGAAUGAAGGCUGGUACGCAGACUCAAGACAAGCAUAAUUAGGAUGCAGCCCUUAUUCUUUUAUUGAUGUUGGAAUGAAAUGUUCUGUCUCUAAUACAGAAGACAGACAUCUUACAGCAGACUUCAACUCCCAUUGAGACCCAGGAACUCUUCCACUGAAAAGCUAAACCUGCAAAUCCCUCUUUAACUGAUUUAUUUACUAACAUUCAGAAUUUCUAUAUAAAAAAGAUAAAAAUUACUGGCCUUUUAAAAUGGAUAAGGUUUCCUUACUGUGAAUGAAAUCACUUUCUAGAUCAGCAUUAAUCAGUGCUGGAACAAAGGUCUGUAUUUUGCAGUUUACUACUGAACAUUCUUACAGCAUUCUUUUGUUUUAAAAGAUUCAGAAAACCAGAUAUUCUUAAGGUCAUAAUUUGAAUCUUCUGGGCUCAUGUUUAUAUGAAAAGUAAAUUUUCAUAAAAAUAAUGUUUAAAUCAGUUUAAUUUUAGGAAAUAUAUUUCUUAUUUCAAUCGACCUAUGGGCAAAUUGGUUGUAAAAAUGUUAAUGGUUUGAAUUAAUAUUUAAAUGCUAAACUGCAGAAUAAUAAUCUAUUUUUCUCCACUGCAAGACAGCUUUAGAUUGUAAAACAUACAGAUCAUUGCAGUAAGUUAUUGAGAGGAAAAUUACUAGAAUAAGCUGUUUCACAAAGUAUGAAAAAGCAUUUUUAAUUCAUGCUGGCCCAUGGAAAGAUCACAGCACCAGUAUCACGCCAGUCCAGCAUCAGUAGUCUGACAUCAGCUCUGAAGCAUUGUGGAAUACACAGUUCAUAUUAACAUUGGCUAAAUUAAGGAGCAUUUUCUUUUGAUUAACAAAGUUGUGGUCACAAUUCUGUAAAUUGCAUCCAGUCUCCAGUGCGCUGAAUGUCUUGACUUCAGUCCAAAAGCUGUCUGUCACAGCCGUAUGAAUUGUGCCAGUCUAGGCAGAGGGACUCUUCUUUGUGAAAUUAAGCACAUUCACUCAGGUUUUGCAGGACUGGGAUCCCCACAGGAUCAGUCUUAUGGUGUAAAGUAUUUCAGUUGAUUAAAUAAAGCAUAAUCCUUUUUCUCUUAUGCUUAUGCAUAGAUUUCCAGUCCCUUAUGAAAUAAUGGAAAAAUACCUAAGACAAUAAAAGACUUUCAGCUAGCAGCUAGAAAACAAAACGCUAGCACAGAUCUCUAAUACUAUUGUGUGCUUCCCUAAAAUGACUGUAUUUUAUGGUGUCAGGUUCUAGGUAUAUUAGGUCUAACAACAAUUGGAGUAUUCCAAUUGUUUUCCAUGCUGUUGCUGAGAUGCACUGUCCAUUUAUAAAUACUAUUACUAUGUUCUUUACUUAGAACAAACCUCAUUUUUGUCUUGUCUGUGUUUCCACAGCACUGCAGUGCUGAUGAAUCAGUUCUCUUACAGGAUGAGCUCAGAACUCAGCUUCUGUAUUUCCAAGAGCAGGCUGUCGGGAUUUUAUGGCAUUUCUAAUGUGGGGACAUAGCAGAGGGAGGCAGAAGAGUGGAGUGAUGGAAAAGCCAUACCAAUGAAACAGAACACCUUUUUGAAAUUAGGUCCCAAAAUUACUCCUGUCAAUUCUAUUUUAACUAUUUAGUUACCUCAGAGUGCUAGAUUAUGUAUGAAAAGUUUUGUUUCUUUAGCAGUUGGAGCAAAGAAAACAAAGAAGCAGGAGUUCCCUUCUUAUCAGGUUUUGUAUAAAUUCAACUGAAAUUCACCUUACAGAAUGGGUCCUAAAGGGUUACCAAAACCUUUUCUCUUCAGACAUUACAUUUCAGUCACUCUCUUCUGUUCCAACAUCAUGUAGUUGGCACCUGAGCUGACAGCUUGCAGCUGCCAGUGAUUUGAUGCCUCUCAACAGCAAACCCUUUUUGUUUUAUCUCUUUUUGGCUGAUAGUUGUGAGCAGUGUCUUACAGCUGAAUGAAUACUAGAAAUUUUAUUAAGUUUUGGCUGUGUACCUGUUCUUUGCUAAUAUCUUUUAGAAGGGUUUGUUUUAAUUUAUUUUUCAUUUGUUGGUCUGUUACUGUACUGUAUAAUAACUUAUGUGGUUAAUACUAUUUGUUUUGCUUUAAUUUUUAUGUAUUUUUUAAAAUGUAAUCAACCCAAGCACUUUAAGCAACAAUGUCAAUCUUGUGAAAUUCCAAUCAGCUUAAUAUUUUGCCUUUCUCUUGCUGCUUUUGGAACUGUUUGCUUGUGAUCCAAUAUCUCUAGUUACAACUCAAUUUCCUUUUUUAGGCUUGUAGUCCUAGCUGGGUUGUAAAAUUGGAAAGCCCAAGCAUUUUCAUACACAUUUGUUCAUGUAUAAGACGUACCUGAUGAGUUGCACUCUGCACAUUUCACAGCCUCUUGCGCUCUCUGCCUGCUGACCCAUCUGGGGAUGACUGCAAUACUUCAAUCUGUGACACAGUUUAUCAAUGACUAAAAUUUAGAAAAGCUCUAGUUCUUACAGGAGAAUUCUCUUUUACCAGACACAGGGUCAGCUGUCAGUCCGCUGAUAAUACAGGUAUUGCUCUCUUCGCUGCUUUAUAAAUGCUCUGUUUGGUCACAACUGUGAAUAAUCUGAUGAGCCACAAUUACUCUUGGCUACUGUGUGUGUGCUGGCAAGGAGAGCAAAUUUUUGCAUCUCUCUUCUCUUCACUUGGGCCAAUAUGAAGCAAAGAGAUAAUGAAGUAAGAUAAAUGCUUGUGUAAAAUGAUGGGUUUUAGAGGGCAGCAUCUGUGGUGUCCAUAUCAGAAAGCCAGUGACUUUCUGUGUUGUUAAUGCAAGGGUUAUUCCUAGUGCUUUAGAUACUGUAUUUUCUUUGAUCAGUGAAAAGACCAGAACGUUUUCUUGUUACAUCUGUUCUGAUCCUGAGGUGUUUCUUCUGAAUUUAACAUGGCCCUUACUAUGUAAAUAGCCCUUGGCAAGGCUUGAUAGACACCCAUUUAAUUUCUUUUCAGUUAGUAUGCAUUACUUCAAAGAGAUUGCUUGAACCUGUCUACAAAAUGUAUUCAGAUAGCACAGUUCUUUUGCAUACAGGGUCAAAUAACACCUAUCAGGAGGUAUAUGCCCACCUGAUGGGACCAUCUGGCUAAACCCACACCAUUUUACAUACUAAAGAUUCUUAACCCUCUAGGAGGUUUUGUUGCUGGCUUUGCCUGACUGAUUUAAUACAAAACUGCAAAUAACUCCCUUUAUUCAUGAUCUCUUGCUAUAAUUCUUUAAUAAAUUCUGUUUCAUUUGGUUACCAAGACUUGGGAUUAUUGUACUAUGUAAAACAAAUUGUGUGUGCCAUUCACUGCAGUCAAUUUAACAGCCUAGUGCUCCUGAUGAAGGUUGUGGCAGGUGGCAAGAAUAUGAAAAAGUAACUUUUCUGUGAUAGCACAGUAGCUCUGUAGGAGAAGCUGGACUGACAUGCAGCUUCCUAAUCUCCAUCCUCUAGAUAAUCCUGACCCUUCUCAUAGGAUUUCAGAGUGGCGGGACUAAGCCCCUCAUGAAGACAUCUUGCAGUUCACCAAAACAUUGCUUGCUGCAGUAGAUAAUUAAUGAGUAUGUGGAACCCCUCUGUCCCCACUCCCCAGAAUCUCAUUAAUUGGUACACAUCCCUUGGAGGGGCUGAGCUUAAACCUCAGCUUUGUAUUUGCAAUGGUGUUCAUGUUUGAAAUGUCCCAGCCCAGACUCUGGCCACAUACUAAAUUGUUUCCGUCCUCUCUCAACUCUCAUUCUAACAGCAAGAGCAGCAUCAGGGAUGCCAUGUUACAGGUGCCAGUGGUUUUCCUGGAGCCAAUUUUCUAAUCUCAGUGGCUUUCAUUUAAAAAGACCUAACACAAGCUCCAUUACUUAUCAUGAUGCUUUAGGAGUAAAGCCACCACAUCCUGUAUGGAUAUGAAUGUAGGGUAGCAGGAAGAAGAAAGACAAGACGAUGAGAUAUGGAAAGGGUUGGUUUUUUUCAGAGGCUUUGAAUAUGUGCAUCUGUUUGUAAAUAUAUAGUCCCUCUCUACCUUGUCAAAAUGAUGCAAUCAUGAUAAAACUACUUAAAUUUUGUGCUAGUUUUUUAAAUGGAAUAAGAGGUAGCAGAAUUAUGAGGCACUCAGUUGAGGACACAUACAAAUACUGGAUUUCUAGUACAGCAUACAAUACUCGGUGUAUGUGUACAGAUGAAUAUCUGCUCUUUUUAAUCAUCAUGUACAUGUAAUUGAAUCCUCCACCACCUGCAGAACUGUAAGAUAAAAAUCAUGUUGGUUAUUAAGGUUGUAACAUAAGAAAACAGUAUUUUCUCCUGUUAACAUGUUUAUAUUUUACAUAAAAUAAACUCUGUAGCUGAUCUCACUUCCA